CUUCCUAAAGUAGUGGGUCAGCUUCUGAUGAUGGGUGUAUUUCAAUACCUAUUCUUAAAUGUUAAAAAUCCCAUAUUGAUGUUUGCAUAACGUAGCAACUACAUCUUUUGCCUUAUGAUCAUAUGAAGAUUGAAUGAAGAAGAUGAAGGAUACCAAGAAAUCUUUCAAAAGUUUAUCUCAAACAAUCCAUUCUCUCCUGGGAUUCAAGAACGAAACUACUUCUACCUGGGCUAAUACCGUGUGUGACAUUAUCAAAAGCUUGCCAUCAACGGCCGAUUAUGAGAAUGAUUGUGAUGAUUCAGUCAAUGACCAUGAUCACGAUGAUGAUCUUGAUGCUUUUCUAAUAUCAAAGAUACAUGGUGAACUUGCCACAUUGAAUGAGGAGAUUUCUGAAUUGAGUGCACAGAGAAGACAAGUUCUUAAUGAGUUUCUACAGCUGAAAGGAAACAUUCGUGUAUUUUGUCGCAUUAGACCCACCAUAGAUGGUGAGAAAUUUAGCCGUCUAAAACCUGUUGUACCCGUAGAUUCAAAUGGUGUUCUCCUUAACUUUGCUGAGAAAAAGACAAAAUUAUACAACUUUGACACGGUUUUUCACCCUGCUUCAUCACAAGAUGAAGUAUUUUUGGAAAUUGAACCCGUUAUCAAAUCUGCAUUGGAUGGAUACAAUGUUUGCAUACUGGCAUAUGGGCAAACAGGAACCGGCAAAACUUUCACCAUGGAAGGAACCCCAGAUUGUCCAGGGGUAGUGCCCCGCACUAUGGAGGAAUUAUUCAAGCAAGCAGCGGAUGGCAACCAUACAUACCUAUUUAGUUUCAGCAUGCUUGAAAUUUACCUUGGUCAUCUCAAAGAUUUGCUCAUACCUCAGGCAAGAAAAUCAACUGAUCCUAUGCCACCUUGUCUUUCCAUCCAAACAGAUCCGAAUGGUGGGAUUGUGAUAGACAAUCUUGUAUCGAUCCAAGUCAGCAACUUUAAUCAUGCAAUUAGCCUUUAUAGGCUAGGAAGCCAACUCAGAUCGACCGCUUCAACAAAUUCCAAUAAAGCUUCUAGUAGAUCUCACUGCAUGAUACGCAUAUCAAUGACUUGUUCUGAUGCCACUGCGAGGAGAAAGAUUACGAAUAAAAUUUGGAUGGUUGAUCUGGGAGGAAGUGAGCGUGUCCUUAAAACCAAGGCAUGGGGAAGAAGAUUUGAAGAAGGAAAAGCUAUCAACCUCUCACUUUCUGCCCUUGGCGAUGUCAUCAACGCCCUCCAAAGGAAAAAUAGCCACAUACCUUACAGGAACAGCAAGCUGACACAAGUGCUUAAAGAUUCAUUAGGAGAGGAUUCCAAAACACUGAUGCUUGUUCAUGUCAGUCCCAAAGAAGAAGAUUUAUGCGAGACAGUAUGUUCUCUAAAUUUUGCACUACGGUUGAGAAGCAUUCACUUAGGGAAGACCGAAGCGAAUGAAGCAAGAGCAAUGAGGGAAGGAGCAAUGACUAACCUGCAACGGGAAAUGCAAAAGAUCGAAGACAUCCGUGACAAACUUAGGAAAGAAGUCAAGAAGUUGAAUCAGAAAUUGGAAUCUCUAACAAAGACAUCAUCAGGUUCAAAUGCUAAACUGGAUGGGUUUCUAUUGUCGUUGAACGUCUCGCAACCAAAUGCAGAUGAAAUUUCUGCAAUGCCACCAAAAUCGAAGAUGCCAAGUUUUAUGAAGCCCACAAUCUGCAGUACACGAAAAUCAGGAACGGGUCAUCAAACUUCAUAUAAGAAAGACAUUAAACCUGCAAGAAGAAAAAAAUUACCAUUGUCUCGUGCAGAAUCUGUGAGUUUUCCUAUAAAGGGCAUGACAGAAAGCUACUCGGGGAGCAGUAUCUCGAGAGCAAGCUGCUUGACAGGUCUGAAUGAGAUAAAUUUGGCAGAUAAUGACACAGAAUACAGCCAAGAUAUGUCGCAAUGUAGCUUCAGAACAGGCAUAGGAAAACAAAGAAGUUCAUCCAAGAAUUCAACUGAUCGAUCUGUCCACUCAAGUCUCAGCGAGGAUGCAGAAUUCAGUUCCACAAGUGUAUCAGACUCUAACCACUUGCUUUACUUACAAGAGCAUAAAACAAAUAGUAGCAGUCAUGCUCACCAGAAUAAGCGGGUUCUCUCUAUCCCAACUCCUGUAAAGAAAAGUAAAGCCACGGAAAAGAUGAGAAAGGGAAAAUUAACUGGCAGGGAAAUGACUGAUUAUAAGUUCACAAAGACAGUAUCAGAAAAGCCAAGAAGUUUAUUGCGAGCAGAUGUAAGAUUUGCAGGUAAAGCAUCCAGAUCUGACUACAACUCGUCAAUCCCAUCAACUGGCAGUACAAAAUUAAGUACGGGUGUGGAUGAUUCAUCUAUCGAAGGUGACAUCCAUUAUCAGAUUAUGCCAUGCGAUUCCAUUAGUGACACAUCUCAUCAGGAUGAUUAUGUUAAUGGAGUCGAUGGGACGGUUAUAUCACAAGUGUUCACACAUGAAAAAGGGUAUUCAGAUGCCUAUAAGUUGAAAGAUGAAUUACCUACCAAUGUUUCUACAUCAGAUGCUGAUAGCAGUGCCAUUGGCCUUGCGCAAGUUUCUGAAGUUUCCUUUUCAAGAUCAGAACUGAAAUCACCUUCAGAAAAGGUUCCUACCGGCAUGGGUGGAAACCAUGAAGAACAAUGUACCCAUUCUCAAUACUCAGUGCCUGGAAAGAAAUCUUGGCUUUAUGAAGUGAGAACUCCAAAAUUUUCUGCUAUUGACAAUUUCGUUCCCAAGGAUUUGACCAAGCUCUCGUCCCAAACACACGCAAAUGCACAAACCAGAGGGUUCUCAGAUCUCCUAAAAGAAAAUAUUCUGAUAUUGUACAGCAUUGUUCUUCUAGGAUUGGGAUUUGAAAGCUUGGGUUUUGAGCAUGACUUCUUCCAAGCUUUAAAGAGUUAAAGCUUUCAAAAUGUUGAUAAGCUACAUGUAUUAGACUUUUUACAUUAGUUGUGUGAAAUUGUUGUCUACCACAAGUGGGACAGGACAGAAAUGAGUCCCGUCUAUGAACUAGAUGUUUAUAUCCAGUAUAUUUAUAUCCUGUCGAGUUAAAUUCUAGUAUCAAUAAACUGGUGUAGCAGCCAAGUGUCACGUGGAUGUCAGUCUAUGGGUGCUAAAAGGCGUUCAUGUGAUGGAAGCAUCAGCUUAUGGGAUGAUAUUUUACAAUAUUAUGCUACAGAUUAUAGCUGGAACUACCUUUUGAAGGAAGAUUCAUGACAUUCAGCUUUUGUAUAAUGUAAAUAUAUGGCAGAUGUUGU